AUGAAUUCUGUAGUCACCAACACAGUCAGUUCAGUCGCCGCCGACGCUGAUCGCCAUUCAGUAGUUGGUGAAUGUUUCUUCAAGCGAAGAGAACCGAAAAAAAAUAAAAAAAGGGCUGGAAAUGAAUUAGUUGAAGCUUUUGGUGCCGACACAGAAAGCAGCAUCAAAAUUGGACUAUAA